GACAUUAUACUUUCUGCUGUAUUCCAUGAUUUUAGGUGUACUUUAUUAUGAUUCAUGAAGACAUGAACACUAAGCUUCCGACUUCUUUCCCUAGAUCUGUAUGCCUUUUUUAUCGGAAAUGUUUCCAUCUGGACUUCUUUCACUGGAGCAAGAUACUUCAUCAAGCACUUUAAAGCAGGGAAAGCGCAUUUACGGCUCAGUGAUAUGUGCAAAUGGUGUUCUAUUAUCGUUGAGAGUCGUGUUCUAUUAUCACUUUGAUCAUUGUCAUUCCAGUGUUAAUCGGGCUUUUAUUUGAGUUCUUGUUCAUGGAGCCAAUUCGAGCAAUUGUGGUUGAAGCCCCAGUUUUACUCUUGUGUCAGAAUUGGGCAGUGGGGUUCUUCUUCUUUAAGCUGUGGAGGACACUGGUUUUGCUGAACCAUAGGAUUGUUUUGGUGGAUGAAAGUUGGCGGAUUAAGUUUGAGAGGGUGAGAGAUAAUGGCAUCUUGAAGCUUCCAGGGUGUUGGAUGCUGCAGGAAAUAUUGAUCCCAAUUGUUAUGAAUCUGUUAGUGUCUCUCUGUCUUCUCUACGUUCUUGCAAGAGGGAUAGUUCCCUUGCUUGGGUUUUGGAUAACAGUAAACUCAACUUGGGUAGCCUAUGUGACCAUAAUUGUACUGUUUUCCUGUGCCAAAAGAUUUUCUUUUUGGAUCACCGAGCUUCACAAUUCUAUCCUAACAGACCGUUAUUCUGGUUUUGGGCUGCAAAAUUUUGGUGAAGUAGCAAUACAGUGCGAAAAUGAGAUUGAUGAGUUGGUGAGACGAUUAUCAGACUCUCGAGGAUGCCAACGUGUCGGACAGCUUAGAUUUAAUGUCAUCAAGGAAGUAUGGUAAAAACCAAAGGUAUGUUUAGCUGUUUUUCUUUUGUUUUCCUCUAGGCCAAGUUCUUUUGUUAAUAGGGGCAAUUUUAAGAGAGGAAGUGAUUUUAAUUGCCUUACACUGUGAAAUGCGAUCCACAGUGUUGCUUGUAAUUAUUCAGACGAGGUAUAAGGUUGCAGAACUAGUUUUGGAUGGAAAAUUAUGCUUAAAACAGCAGCGUUAGCUGUAUCUAUGCUUGUUUUAUGUGUUUGUCCGUCA